UACAAUGGAAGAACACAAGAACAAUCAGCUAGAUUAUGAGUCAGAGAAAGUGGAAAUCUUAAGAUUGGUCCAGUCAAAGAGGAACAUUAACAGUUUGAACAUGGACCUUGAAAGGGAUAUGCAGAGAAUAGAUGAAGCAAAUCAGGAACUUCUUCUCAAAAUCCACGAGAAAGAAAACGAGAUUCAGAGGCUGGAAAAUGAGAUCACUCAGACCAGAGACUUGGCUGAAGAUGAGGAGUGGGAGAAGGAGAAUUGCACCGCAAUGGAGAGGGAAAAAGCCUUGCAGGAGCUGGAAGAAGAAACAGCUAGACUCGAUAGGAAGAAUGAAACUCUGGUCCACAGUAUAGCAGAACUUCAAAGAAAGCUUACAAGAAAAUCACAUAAGGCAACCAAGUGUGAACAAGACAAUACAAAGGGAUCCCCAGAAGAGUCAAAGGCCAAGUUACAACAGCUGGAAGCUUCCUGUGCAGACCAAGAGAAAGAGCUAGCCAAGGUAAUGGAAGAUUAUGCAUUUGUGGCCCAGCUCUGUGAAGAUCAGGCCCUCUGCAUAAAGAAGUACCAGGAAACUUUGAGGAAAAUAGAAGAAGAACUAGAGACUCGGUUCCUUGAGAGAGAAGUAUCAAAAGUCUUGAGCAUGAAUUCUGUAAGAAAAGAGUCUAACAGCCAAAAUAACAAGGUAAGCAUUUCACUCCACCUUCAGCUUCUCUCGGUGUCAUUGCCUUCAAGGGAGUUUCCAAAACACUAUCAGCCACCAAACACAUACCAAUCUUUCCAUGUGCAUUUUCCAAGAAUAGUACCAGACAUAAUUCUAAAGCAUUUCAACCCUAAACACACAAACAAAGAAGAUGCUAUGGAACAACAGUUUUUCCUUUCUCGGUGCCAUGCAAAUGAUGUGUUCUCAAAGGAACUAGCUUAA